CCUCCGUCUCCCGCGUGCUCGCUCUUUCGCUCACUGGCUCCCGCCCUCCCCGCCUUGAGCGAUCUCCUGCCUCAGCCUUGCAGGCUCCGCACUGCAGAUGCCGGCGGCUUCCCUGUGCUCGGCGGCUCCCGCGGUGCCCCGCAAGUCCCCGUGACCCUCCAGCAUCGGCUGUGCGCUCCCUGCUCCCAAGGGCCGGUCAGCCGCGGACACUCACCCAGCUCCGCGAGCGCAGCCGCUCAGCCGGUGAGGCAGCAGGGACCGAGACGGACGGUGGCCGCGCCAGAGCCUGGGGCGCUCCCGGAUGCGGCAGGACAAGCUGACCGGGUCUCUGAGGCGCGGGGGGAGAUGCCUGAAGCGGCAGGGCGGCGGCGUGGGCACCAUACUGAGCAAUGUGCUCAAGAAGCGCAGCUGCAUUUCCCGAACCGCGCCCCGGCUGCUCUGCACCCUGGAGCCGGGAGUUGAUACCAAGUUGAAAUUCACUCUUGAGCCAUCUUUAGGUCAAAAUGGUUUUCAGCAGUGGUACGAUGCUCUCAAGGCAGUUGCCAGGCUAUCCACAGGAAUACCAAAGGAAUGGAGGAGAAAGGUUUGGUUGACCUUGGCAGAUCAUUAUUUGCACAGUAUAGCCAUUGACUGGGACAAAACCAUGCGCUUCACUUUCAAUGAAAGGAGUAAUCCUGAUGAUGACUCCAUGGGAAUUCAGAUAGUCAAGGACCUUCACCGCACAGGGUGUAGUUCUUACUGUGGCCAGGAGGCUGAGCAGGACAGGGUUGUGUUGAAGCGGGUGCUACUGGCCUAUGCCCGAUGGAACAAAACUGUUGGGUACUGCCAAGGCUUUAACAUCCUGGCUGCACUAAUUCUGGAAGUGAUGGAAGGCAAUGAAGGGGACGCCCUGAAAAUUAUGAUUUACCUUAUUGAUAAGGUACUUCCCGAAAGCUAUUUUGUCAAUAAUCUCCGGGCAUUGUCUGUGGAUAUGGCUGUCUUCAGAGACCUUUUAAGAAUGAAGCUGCCGGAAUUAUCUCAGCACCUGGAUACUCUUCAGCGAACUGCAAACAAAGAAAGUGGAGGUGGAUAUGAGCCCCCACUUACAAAUGUCUUCACGAUGCAGUGGUUUCUGACUCUCUUUGCCACGUGCCUCCCUAAUCAGACCGUUUUAAAGAUCUGGGAUUCAGUCUUCUUUGAAGGUUCAGAAAUCAUCCUAAGGGUGUCGCUGGCCAUCUGGGCAAAAUUAGGAGAGCAGAUAGAAUGUUGUGAAACAGCAGAUGAAUUCUACAGCACCAUGGGGCGCCUUACCCAGGAGAUGCUAGAGAAUGAUCUUCUGCAAAGCCAUGAACUCAUGCAGACUGUUUAUUCCAUGGCUCCGUUCCCUUUCCCACAAUUGGCAGAGUUGAGGGAAAAAUACACCUACAACAUUACACCGUUUCCAGCCACAGUUAAACCCACCUCAGUUUCUGGACGACAUAGUAAGGCCAGAGACAGUGAUGAAGAGAAUGACCCAGACGAUGAGGAUGCUGUCGUUAAUGCAGUGGGGUGUCUUGGACCUUUUAGUGGGUUCCUGGCUCCUGAACUGCAGAAGUACCAAAAACAAAUUAAAGAGCCAAAUGAGGAGCAGAGUCUGAGAUCUAAUAACAUUGCAGAGCUGAGUCCAGGAGCAAUCAAUUCCUGUCGAAGUGAAUACCACGCAGCUUUUAACAGUAUGAUGAUGGAACGCAUGACCACAGAUAUCAAUGCACUGAAGCGGCAGUACUCUCGAAUUAAAAAGAAGCAACAGCAGCAGGUGCAUCAGGUGUACAUCAGGGCAGACAAAGGGCCAGUGACCAGCAUUCUCCCGUCUCAGGUAAACAGUUCUCCAGUUAUAAACCACCUUCUUUUAGGAAAGAAGAUGAAAAUGACUAACAGAGCUGCCAAGAAUGCUGUCAUCCACAUUCCUGGUCACACAGGAGGGAAAAUGUCUCCUGUCCCCUACGAAGACCUUAAGACAAAGCUCAACUCCCCGUGGCGAACUCACAUCCGAGUCCACAAAAAGAACAUGCCAAGGACCAAGAGUCAUCCGGGCUGUGGGGACACCAUAGGGCUGAUAGACGAGCAGAACGAGGCCAGCAAGACCAACGGGCUGGGGGCGGCAGAGGCGUUCCCCUCUAGUUGUACAGCGACAGUUGGAAGAGAAGGCAGCAGCCCCGAAGGCAGUACUGGGAGGACGAUCGAGGGGCAGUCUCCAGAGCCGGUGUUUGGAGAUGCUGAUGUGGAUGUGUCUGCGGUUCAGGUGAAGUUGGGGGCCCUGGAACUGAACCAGAGGGAUGCUGCAGCUGAAACUGAGCCCGAGGUGCACCCACCCUGCCAGCGGCACUGCCCAGAGCCGCCGAGUGCACCUGAAGAAAACAAAGCCACCAGCAAACCUCCCCAAGGCAGCAACUCAAAAACCCCCAUCUUCAGCCCUUUCCCCAGCGUCAAGCCCCUGCGGAAAUCUGCUACUGCCAGGAACUUGGGAUUAUAUGGCCCUACAGAAAGAACGCCGACUGUGCACUUUCCUCAAAUGAGCAGGAGCUUCAGCAAACCCGGUGUUGGAAACAGUGGCACUAAGAAACGAUGAUGUCUCCCCGAAACUUUGUAUCUGGACUCACCUUUUCACAGUAGUGUAAGGGUUGCAGCUGAAUGGCUCUAAAAGAGUUUUAUUUGUCCAGUGAAAAUGAGUAGGUUCAGGGAUGAGCAACAGCCCAUAAAAAAUGGGAACUGGAAGUUUUAUAAUAGGAGUUAGAAACAGGGCUGUUUUCCCAUCUACUUGCUAACUGAUGAAGUGGAUUCUUGUGGCAAAAUAAAUAUUGUGGUUUUAUAGUGUGAAUUUUUCCCAAUUUUUCAUUGUGAGCUAUUUAAAAAAGACUAUAUAUCUAGACUGUUAACUCUUAUCCAUCCUUCUGUUCUGGGGGCCUUCAGAGUCCCUGUGACAGUGCCCCCAAACCUUCUAGUUCUCUGGGUAUUACUAAUAUUCAAGCAUGCACAUACCAGCUUGCUAGGACAGAAACUGUAAAAAGAAAGUAAGUUUCUUCGUUACAAAAAACUUCCUGAUCUUCCUUUUCAUGGUUUACGGAGGGGAUUGUGUCCUGUGAGAUUUCCUACAGUAUGAGUCUCAAUUUUUUUUUAAAAUUCUUAUGCUAAAUCAUAGGAGAAAAAUCUAGAUAGCCUUUCUUUAACUGUCUAUUUCUACCUGCAAAAUGAAGAAAACCUUUCAUCUCUUGAAAUUUCGGUCGAUAACCCAGCUGAAGAUCUUAUGCACAGGACACACUUGGCAUAUGCUUUAAGCAGUUGCUCCGGACAGCUUGCUCGCGCCACUGAGCUUUUCCUGAGGUUUGUGUUCUCCUCUUGAGGAGAGCUUUCAUCCUCAGUGGUACGGAUGACUUGAUGGGCUCCACACACAGCCUGGCCUGCAUCCCCUACCACACAGCUCACUCACCCACCAGCUCUCGACUGCAGACGCACAAGGCCUCUGUUCAGAAGCCAGAACAUAGCACCUGUGACUCUGUUACUUGAAUUUUGUGCUUUUUGAUUGGAGUCCUUUGUUGAGUACUUUGUUACUUGAACACUGCCUUUCUCUGGAGAAGGCCCCAGUGCUUUCUAGCUCCCUCUCACUCCUGCCCUUUCUAGCUCUCUCUCACCCAGCGGGUCAGGGAUAGCACCUCUUGUCUCCACUAUGCAGAUGGGAACUCUGAGCCACACAGAGGUGAACUAGCACUUCAGUUACUCAAGGUCAGUACUCCCGGUAUUCCAAGUGACUUAGCCACAUUUCCUUCAGUGCAAUAGGCAGGUUUAAUGCUCUUUGUACACAGAGGCAUUGGCUACAUAGCUUGUAAAAACCAAGACUGGGAAGCCAUUCACUAAAAUCCCUCCUGACUCAAAGGACCUGUCUCCAGAUGGUACAGAGUCCCUUGAUGGCGUUUUACAAAACCAGCUCUGACUUCCUUAUCCUGAACAGGGAGUUUAUUUUAAGAAUGCUUCAUGCACCUGUUAUUUGGCUGAGCAACAGGCUCACUCCUCAAUCCCUUCUGCCCGCCGUCAUUAGAGGAAUAGACUCAGCCUUCAUGUCUGUCUCUGGAAGACUACUGGCAAUACUUUCAGGAAUAUUGUUGAUGCAGCCAAUAUUGAUUUGAGCAAAUGGAUUGUUAAUUCUGAAACGAAAACUGUAAUUGUAGAGCAGGCUUUUACUAUGAGAGGUACUAAUUUUUAUAAUAGAGAAUGUGGUUGUGUGGGCUUUUUUUUGAACAGAAAACACACAAUGACCUAUACCGUGAGAAAAGCUAUUUUAUCCUCUUCGUGGUAUUUUUACCCCCAAAGGAACUGAAGAUGGAAAAUAUGACUAAUAAGUUAUUACAGUUUUGGUCUUGAAUUCUGUGCCAUCUGAAGUUAGCAUCCAGCUUCUUAAAAAGCAGCCACGCCCACAGCCUGUUUUUUGGGAAGGGUGUAGGUGGAGAGAUGGGCUUAUUUUGCAUACCACCCUCAGGGCCCAGAGACCCACUGCAUUUUCCAAAGUUAAGCAAAUGACACCAUUUUCUUCCAUCAGCUAAACUUUACAGAUAAGAAUGAUUCCACCUCAUAUCCGUUUCUUUGCCCCUUCCCAAAUGAGUCAGAAUAGUCAUGUUCCCCUUGAGGGAUGUCUGACUUGAAUGGAGAAUUGUUCUUUCCUCUCUUGAAUCAGCUCACUAGCUCCCUGAUGGUCUGGGUUCAAGGAGUUGGUUAAUGAGGCAGAGGCCACUUAUUCAAGUCCUUGGGAUUGCACCAUUGCUGUCCACAAACAGUAUCAACAACACAUGCUGUGCCCUGUGAACACUCUCCUCUCACCUGUUUCCAGGGUUGGUCUUCCUGAGAAGGGGAUGGAGGAGAUAACACACAGUUUGGGAUAAGUAUCUGUUGAAUGAAUGAAUAACUGAAUGGAUAAUAAUAGUCCUCUGAGACAAAAAUGGCCUUGUCAGAAUUUUGAAAAUCCAGCAGAUUCCUGUUAAAGCACUCUGUGUACCAAUAACAUGCAUGCAUUGUACCAAGUAAUCACAAUGUGAAUUGGUCAAUUAAUGAGCCUUGCCUACUUUAGAAAAUAAAGAAACCUGCAGUAGCCUCUACCACACAGCAUGUACAAAGACCAGUAUGGACUUGCUGUCUUCCCUAUGUAUUGGACACUGUAUGCAAACACCAGAAGUACUUAACAAGUAGUGGUUUCUUGAUUUUUAGAUAUGUCUGUAGCCUCUUAGCACUUUUGCCGGGAAUCAGCUCAUUUUGAUGCCUCUGCACCUCAGUUCCUCUUACAAAAGCCUCCAGAUGAUCUAAAUCUAGUUAGCAAUGUCAGCCUAUGGACUGCAACGGUUUGGGACAUUGUAUUCCUUUGUUUGUCUCUUGUUCUGAAGGAUUGUAUUGAUCACAAAGUUAUAUGCAUAAAGAUUCUCAUUGUUGUAA